UCAGCGACCGAUUUAGAAACGCAGACCCGGAAGUUCGGGAGGGGAAGCGACCGCGAUGAUGGCUGCGGAGAGUUACCCGAGGUCGUCCAUUGAGGACGAUUUCAAUUAUGGCACUAACGUCGCGUCGGCUAGCGUACACAUCCGCAUGGCUUUUCUGCGCAAAGUCUACAGCAUACUUUCAGUCCAGAUUCUUUUGACAACUGUGACCUCUGCAGUUUUUCUCUACUCCACCACAAUUCGGACAUUUGUACAUGAAAGCCCUGCUUUACUUUUGGUGGCCUUGCUUGGUUCUUUGGUUGUGAUUGUGGCUUUAACUCUGUACAGACAUCAGUAUCCAGUUAAUUUAUAUCUUCUCUUUGGAUUUACUCUUUUAGAAGCACUGACUGUUGCUAUUACAGUGACUUUCUAUGAAGUAUCUAUUGUCCUGCAAGCCUUUAUUCUGACAACUGCUGUGUUUUUGGCUCUAACUGUGUACACGUUGCAGUCCAAACGGGAUUUCAGCAAAGUUGGAGCGGGGCUGUUUACUUGUUUAUGGAUUCUUCUUCUGUCAAGCUUUUUAAAGUUCUUUUUCAAUAAUGAAGUAGUAGAGCUGGUAUUUGCUGCUGCAGGAGCAUUUCUGUUCUGUGGAUUUAUCAUCUAUGACACUCAUCUAUUAAUGCACAAACUCUCCCCUGAAGAAUACAUACUGGCUGCAAUCAACCUUUAUUUGGACAUCCUCAAUCUGUUUUUGCACCUGCUGCGUUUGCUAGAAGCAUUUAAUAAAAAGUAAUUGGGAAUUUUAAUUCAAAGUUUAAGAUAAUUCAUAUGUGGUAUCUAAAGAGUUAAUUAAGACCUAGAAAAUCUGCCAUCUACUUUGAGAUUGAAGCCUGUUUUUACAUUCUGUGCCGGCUUCAGUGUUUUCUGUAUAAACAGUGUUUUAGAGAGCUGAUUCUUACUGAGUCUAUUCUGAGAUCAGUUAAUUAUAUAUUACAGGCAUCUUGGCUGUUUGGCAAAGGCUUUGCUCCAUCCAUUUGCAUAUUAUUAGUAUUGAUUGAAAGACUUGCUCAUCAACUUCCAUUUGUGCCAAUAAGUACUAUUAAAAUUCUAUUUUAUUCCUGCAGUAAUUGCCACAGAUGUGUCCUUUGAGAUUCACAGUUGUUGCUGGCUGGAUAGCAUAAGUCUCCUUGAUUUCACUAUUGAACAUUGAAACUUUAAAUAAGCUAAAAUUCUAUUGUUGGUGUUCAUUUGUGAAAAACUUUAUGAGCAUUUUAAUUUGAAGGACUGAUCCUACAACAUAAUUCUACUUUUUCUCGUUAAGUAUCUGUACUUCCAAGUAUGCUGUAUUUGGGGAGGAAAAACCUUGUAUAGGGAGAAAUAACUUUUUAUGGGAAGAUUCUGAAGAUGGAUCAUCAAUUAAAGUAAGCAUAUAAAGAAUUGAUUGGCAGAAGAUUUUUUCUGUUCUGAAAUUUUAGAAAGUACAGAAAUACCAUAUCAUGUUUUUUCUAGGUCCUUUUUAGAAUGCAGAAAAAGUUUGAAACUUAUUUGAAUCCAUUCUCAGGGCCUUUUCACUAAUUGUUAUAAGAGAUGAAAUAUUUUUGUGCAGUAGAAUAUUUAUUAGAUGGUUCUUUUACGGUGAAGUGCUGGCAAAGUUAGUUACAUUCCGUCUGCUGUUCUGGCAGGAUAUUAAAAACUAAUAAAAAUAAAUUUUAAUGAAAUG